UCUUGUUGACAUGUAUAUAAAUAGUGUAUCCUUUUUAUUGUCAAUUUGUUUUUUAUUAAAUUCACUUUGUCUUUUUCAUUUCUUUCAUCAUGUAUCCUAGCUGCACCUUACCUUCUCUUUCAGAGCUUUGCUUGGAAGCCAAUACUGUUUACACUCAUCACAGAGCACCUACUUCAUCAAAAAUUAAUAUUGCUAACCUCUUAUCAUCUCCUCCACUCUCACCAACCUCGUUUGACGAUCAUCAACAACGCACUGACCUGAAAGUGAAAAGAAAGAGAGCAUCACCCGAUCAAUUAGCUGUCUUGAAUCGUGUUUUCAGUCAAACUUAUUUUCCAUCAACUGAAGUUCGUAGAGCACUCGGAAAGCAGCUUGGGAUGAAUCCUCGUACAGUUCAGAUUUGGUUCCAAAAUAAGCGUCAAGCUCUCCGCAAUCGAGGUCGUCAAGGUGCUCAAGAGUCAUCAUACUAUUACCUUCCACCUAUCUCUCCACCUACUUCGCCCACAUCUGAUAUCUCUUUCCAUCAGUUACAGAACCAAUCAAAGGUUUCUUUACCUCCCUUAAGACUUCCUUCAAACCAUUGCUAUCAGCCAUUGCAUAGCCCAUCCAGUAUCUCAUUCCCCAGUCCAGGCUCGGUUGAUCACUUCCAUUAUAAAGAUUUCUAAUCAGCAUCUCAAAACCAAGCAACAAACAAGAUGAUAUCUUAUAGCAAAACCCCAUUUCAUCAUGCCCUUUCUAUCAUUACAUUUCUUAUUGUUUAUUUUUUAUUCUUGUAUAUCCUUGAUUUCUUAUGGUUGUUCAUUGUUUGUCAUUUUAUGUCAUAA